AUGAUCAUUUGCACCUCACUUGCGUCUUCCACAACCGUGUCUGACAAACUCGGUACGGGUGAGAUUGAGAAAUUCGAUAAAUCGAAAUUGAAGACAGACACGCAAGAAAACAAUCCAAGGCCUUCAACAGAAACCACUGAACAAGAAAAGCAAGCCCGCGAAUCAUAA